AGAGGGGAAGAAGAGCCAUCAGGAGAAGGAAGGAAGGAGUAGAAGAAGAAGAAGAAAAGGGAGAAGAAGGAGAAGGAGCCUCUUCUGUACCCGCGGACAUUGCGCUUCUCCCCCGCCAAUCAGCGCCACUCUAGCGGAAGGUAGGGGCCGAACAGCGGCGGCGCGGGCAAGGUAUUUAAGGUACUGUGAACCGGCGGCGCACGAGUAGUUCACUUCUGUUCAGUGCGGCGGUGGCGUAAAACUGGCUAAAAUCGCACGCACGCCCCACGGUGAAAGGGUGGCGAUCGCGAUUACGAUCAUCACAUCCCCCUCGAUGACAUUAAACAAAGUGCGUUAUUCCUUCCACCAAAAAGAAUACUACAAUUCAAUCAAGUGAAAAAUCCAAAACAAUUUCACACACCCCCCAAUAAUUAUUAUUAUUAUCAUUAUUAAUUGUUCAAAAAAAAAAUUAUCAACAAGACUCCAAGAGGAGGCAAUUUCUGACUAAUAAGGAGACACACACACACCCACCCUUCAUCCACUGGGAUAUUAGUUUUAGAAUUUGCCGACAUGUCGGCGCUGUGGGCCAGGCUCUGCCGACGCGGGAACAUCCUGUACCUGGUCAUUUUACUCGCAGUGCGAUCCUCGCAUUCUGCACCAGUAUACGAUCAAGAUACGACACAAGUUGCAGAGUACGAUGGAGGUGCAACAGGUUGUUACUAUAAUUUUCAACACUAUCAAGAGGGUGAUCGAAUUAUAACGAACGAACCAUGUUUGAAUUGUACGUGUCAUAAUCGAAUGUUGAUGUGCUACUUGAGGGUAUGUCCAUUCACAAAGGCAAUUGGUCAAGACUGUAUCGUUGAGAAACGACCCGACCAAUGUUGUCCAGUGAUAACAUGUCCCGAAGUUCCCGUUCAACUUCUAACAUCAACAACAAAUAAUCCAUCGGGUUCUGGCACUGAUCUUGGCUUCCCCGACAAUUACGGUUGCAACAUCAAUAAUCGAUUUUACGCCGACGGUGUUCAACUGCCAAUUGACUACAGUAAUCCAUGUGAAUUAUGCUACUGCAUCAGAAAUAAAACAACCUGCGUCAUACAGGAAUGUACACUACGCGUUGCCGGAUGCAGACCAAUUUAUCAACCCGGAAUUUGUUGUCCAGUCAAAUACAAUUGCGAUUAUGACGAAAUAUCGGAGACUACAAUUGGACCAACACCUGGCCUCAUGAUGACCACAACAAUGGCACCUGGCAUUGCGAAUCGACAGUGUUCUCACGAGGGAAAAUUGUAUGAUGAAGGAAAUUUCAUUUCCUCGACACAUCCAUGCACACAUUGUUAUUGCUUCGGUGGCGAUAUUGCCUGCGCGGUUCAAGACUGCGGUACGCCUAUGAAGACCCAUGGCAAGAAUUGCACGGCUCUUCCUCCGCCCGAGGGAGAAUGUUGCCCAACCACGUAUCAGUGCGAGAACGACUUCCAAACCGAACCGGGAACCGAGACAACAAUUCAAACCGAAAGUCACAUUACCGAGGCGAGCGAUAAAAUUGACAAGUCAGAUGAUAAAUUCCCCGGUGCUGACAAUGCUAUUCCAGAGGAUCACGAAUUCAGAACAACCGAAACGUCGAUUAGUGAAACGACUUUAGGGGAGAAAGUCGAAACGCCUAAAUUUGAAGACAGGGUCGAAUCGUCGGAGAAGCCGAAAGAGGAAGUGGAGAUGACCGAAGUUCCAAAGAUGGAAACAUCACCGGAGGAAAUACAAGUCGAUGAAAGUACAAAGGAACCGAUGGAACGUGUGACGGAAACAAUUCCGACCCAAGGAGCAGGAGCUGAAAAAGAAACAACCGAAGGAGUGUCAUCCGACACGACAGAAGAGGAAGCUGCAUCGAAAACUACCCCAGACGCCACGGAUAAAGAAACGGAAACUCCGAUCGAAACGGUAGAACCCAAAAAAGAUGAUCAGGGAAUAACUGAUGACACUACCCAAGAGUCCCAAGAAAUACCGUCUCUUCCAACACAGGGUCCAGCAGGAGUUCCGCUACCAGCCAGGCGGCCAGAGAACAAGAAGGACGACAACGUAAUUGAUGAGGUCGAAAUUGGUGAUGGUUACGGACCAACCGGACGUCCGGAAGGACACACCGAUAGCCAAGCAACGGAAACCAAUGAAUUCGGUCCAACUACUUUUGUACCUACAACUUAUCUACCUCCAUAUACCUCAAAAACGGAACAGACUGAUGAAACCCUAGGAAUAACGGACAAAGCUAUCACGACCGAAAUCGAAAGGACGGAAGUACCUAGUAUAACAGACAAGGAAACCGAAACGAAGGUGACGUCCAUUCCGAAAGAUGAUACAACUAAGGUUGCUAGUGACGGUCCUGCGGAAUCUACCGAGGGUGCUAAGGAUACGGAAGUACCCAAGGAAUCUAGCGAAGGUCCUAAAGAAACCGAAAGUCCGGAAGGUACCGAAAUACCUAAAGUCAGCGAAAGUCCUGAAGGUUCCGAAAUCCCUAAAGUUAGCGAAAGUCCUGAAGGUACCGAAAUACCUAAAGUUAGCGAAACACCUGUAGAUACCGAAAUUCCUGAAGGUACGGAAGGUCCUAAAGACACAGAAAGUCCGAAGGUUACUGAAGCGCCUGUAGAAUCUAGUGAAGCUCCAAAGGAAGAAACUCCGGUUCCUAAAGAAACCAGUGAAAUUCCUAAGGAGGGAACUGAAACGCCUGCUGAAACUAGUGAUUUGCCUAAAGAUACUGAAGCACCUGUGGAAUCUAGUGAAACUCCCAAGCAGGACACUGAAGCGCCGAAAGAAUCCAGUGAGGCUCCUAAAGAAUCUGAAACUCCUACAGAAUCCGGUGAAAUUCCCAAGGAGGGCACUGAAGAACCGAAAGAAUCCAGUGAAGCUCCUAAAGGAACUGAAGGACCUAAAGACACUGAAGUACCUGUAGAAUCCAGUGAAGCUCCCAAGGAAACAGAAACCCCUGUAGAAUCCAGUGAGGUUCCAAAGGAAACUGAAAUUCCAGUGGAAUCUAGUGAGGCACCAAAAGAAACCGAAACGCCCGUAGAAUCCAGUGAAACUCCGAAAGAAACCGAAAUUCCCGUAGAAUCCAGUGAAACUCCGAAAGAAACUGAAAUGCCAGUGGAAUCUAGUGAGACUCCUAAGGAAACUGAAGUACCAGUGGAAUCCAGUGAGACACCGAAAGAGACUGAAAUACCAGUCGAAUCCAGUGUGACUCCGAAAGAAACUGAAAUUCCUGUAGAAUCUAGUGAAACUCCAAAAGAAACUGAAGUACCAGUGGAAUCUAGCGAGACUCCAAAGGAAACUGAAAUGCCAGUGGAAUCUAGUGAGACUCCUAAGGAAACUGAAGUACCAGUGGAAUCCAGUGAGACACCGAAAGAGACUGAAAUACCAGUAGAAUCUAGCGAGACACCUAAAGAAACUGAUAUUCCAGUAGAAUCUAGUGAGACUCCAAAAGAAACUGAAAUUCCAGUCGAAUCUAGUGAGGCACCUAAAGAGACCGAAACGCCUGUAGAAUCUAGUGAAACACCAAAAGAAACCGAAAUUCCCGUAGAGUCCAGCGAGACUCCAAAAGAAACUGAAAUGCCAGUAGAAUCCAGUGAGACUCCAAAAGAAACUGAAAUGCCUGUAGAAUCCAGCGAGACUCCAAAGGAAACAGAAGCACCAGUGGAAUCUAGCGAGACUCCUAAGGAAACUGAAAUUCCAGUGGAAUCUAGUGAGAUUCCAAAAGAAACUGAAACUCCAGUCGAAAAUAGUGAGGCACCUAAAGAAACCGAAAUUCCCGUAGAGUCCAGCGAGACUCCAAAAGAAACUGAAAUGCCAGUAGAAUCCAGUGAAACUCCGAAAGAAACUGAAAUACCAGUGGAAUCUAGUGAGACACCUAAGGAAACUGAAACUCCAGUAGAAUCAAGUGAGGCACCUAAAGAAACAGUAGUACCAGUGGAGUCCAGUGAAACGCCGCAAGAUACCGAAAUGCCUGUUGAAUCCAGUGAAGCUCCUAAAGAACCCACUGAAGCUGAAAAAACCGAGGCGCCUAAGGAAUCAAGUGAAGCUCCUAAGGAAGCUACAGAAUUUACCGAAUCCACUGAAACUCCUAAAGGUCCCACGGUAUCUACGGAAGGAGUUACUAAAGGUCCGAAGGAAGACAGCGAAGCACCAUUAGAACCUACAGAAGGUCCUAAGGAAUCCACCGAGGGACCCAAGGAAUCUACUGAAGGAGCUAAAGAAUCUACUGAAGGGGAAACUGAAUCUACUGAAGGAACUAAAGAAUCUACUGAAGGAGCUAAAGAAUCUACCGAAGGUCCUAAAGAAUCUACAGAGGAAACCAAAGAAUCUACCGAGGGACCCAAAGAAUCUACCGAAGGACCUAAGGAAUUUACCGAGGGACCUAAGGAAUCUACUGAAGGAGUUAAAGAAUCUACUGAAGGGGAAACUGAAUCUACCGAAGGAGCUAAAGAAUCUACCGAAGGAACUAAGGAAUCUACCGAAGGAGCCAAGGAAUCCACCGAAGGAGCUAAAGAAUCAACCGAAGAACCUAAAGAAUCCACCGAAGGACCUAAAGACACCACCGAAAUUGCUAAAGAAACAUCCGCAGUGCCUUCAGAAGCAACUUCAGCCGACUCAAACGAAAUUUCCCAAGAACCAAAGGAAGUAACAGAAGUUCCUGCCGAAUCGACUGAAGGUCCCAAGGAAACAAACGAAAUUCCCGUAGAAACACCCUCUGAAACCACAUCAAGUGCUGAAGAACCAAGUGAAACCCCUGUCACUAAAGAAGGCGAAACCGAAACAAGUGUAAAAGUCACCGAACCAGAAACGACACAAUCAAUUCCUUCAGAAACCGCCAAGGAGCCGAGCGAAUCGACCGAGGCUGAAAAGGAAACAACUGAUGAAGUGAAAGUCACCGAAUCCGGAAUUUCCGAAAAACCACAAGAGACGACACAUUCAACGGAAGGUGAAAUUAAACCUACCGAACCAGAAGUUACAGCAAGUGAGGAACCUGCGAAAAAGGAAACGACGGAAGCUAAAACAGAAAUAACGGAAGCAAGCACAGAAAUGGAAUUAGAAGGAAAGAGUCCAGCAGAGAUCCCCAACAUUGAUGUAAGAAUACCCGAAAGUCCGGUUACGGAAACCACAGCCACGGAAGGUAAAUUACCGACGGAAGCUGCAGGAGUAUCAGAGACAACUAAGACUGAAUCACCGGCUAUUGAUGAAACCCAACCGACCAUUAAGGACGAACCAACAGAAAGUGGGGUGGAAAAAACUGAAAUUACAAAAGAACCAGUUGAUGAGGAAUUCGUAACUAAAGUUAGCAUACCAGAGGAGAUGAAACCGGAAACCAUGUCCUUCUCACCCGGUCCAUCAGAAGAAUCGUCACCAACCGAAGUUGAGCAAACCAGUCCUACAGAGGACACCCACACUUCGAUGGGUAUCCCCGGCGAAGGAAACUGUCUCGUUGAUGGACAAUCCUACUACAAUAAUACCGCCAUACCACCAGUCAAUCCUUGCCAAUCGAGAUGUAUAUGUAUCAGCAGUAUUGUCCACUGCGAUAUGGUAGAGUGUUCACCACCACCUAAGCAUUUAGCAAAUUGUACCCCACACAUAACAUCCGACUCCUGCUGUCCAAUGUAUGCCUGUGACUCCGAAACGUCCGCAACUCUCGAAUCUGACAAUCAAAUGGCGGGAAAAACACCAGAGUACGAAAAGACAGACGCCACAACAGUGUCGGUUGAAAAAGAAACUAAAAAACCAGAGGAAGAUGUUUCUGUAACUGUCAGUGAGGGAACAUCCGAAUCGGUACAGACUGAGGCUACAAGGAAAGAAGAAGCUACGAAAUUAACUCCUGGAGAGAUGACAGAAGCGACGAUAGCAACGGAGGUUUCAUCGACAGAAACGGAAAGUAAGGUUGUCACUGAUUCCAGUGUCGAAUCUCCUGGAACAGAAGUACCGGUUUCUGUAGGCACCACUAGUGAAGAAAAGGGAACAGAGACGACGGUUUCCGACGAAGCAACGCCUAGCUCUACGGUAGGAGACGAAGUUUCCGAAAAGACCGAGAAAACUUCCGUAGAACCCCAAACACCUGAGACAGGAGUGAAAGUAACAGACGUACCAGCCGAGGGCACCGAGAAGACACCGGAAGGAACACCAGAAACUGGAACAGUUAAAUCAGAACCAGAGGCAACUAAAGCUGAAACGGACGUUUCGACACCUGAAGAGACCGUAACUAAGGAAAUCGAAUCCAGUUCUCCCGCAGAAGGAACAUCGGCAACGUUCAGUCCGACCGAGGUAGAAGUUCCGACGUCAUCAUCUGUGGAACCCUCUUCACCAUCCGGGGACGAAUCAACAAGUUCGGGAGCUGAAAAAGAAACAAUGCCAACUACAGAAGUCAAAGUCUCCGAAGGAUCGACCCCAGAGACAUCAGCUACCGAAAAAGAAGGAGUUCCUACCGAAGUCACAAUUGAGGAUUCCAGUGUAACCAAAGCAGAAACAGAAAGCGAUAUCACGAAAGGACCCGAGGGAAUCACUGUAGAAACCAGUAGCGAAGGACAAACGAUACCCGAAUCGACUGAAACCGAAAGUCCCGUAACUGAGAUAAAGAUAGACGUCUCUGAAGGAGCGCAGACACCAGCGAAAGAAACGCCAGACACCACAGAAAAAGAAGCGGAAACAAAGAUUCCCGAAAUGACCGAAGUCACCGAAAAGGAAACACCAGAAACUCCGGCAAUAUCCGAAAUUCCGGAAGGAACCCAAACACCCGAGGUUGAAGGUCCACAGGGAACUGAAGUAACCGAAAAGGCAAGUCCAGAAAUUACGGAAAUGACAGACAUGCAGGUUUCCGAUAGAACUGAAAUGCCAGAUACUAAAGUUCCCGAAGGCACUGAAAUUCCUGAGAAGGAAGUUCCAGAGGGAACGUCAGCUCCAGAGAAGGUUUCAGAAGCAACGGCAAUUCCUGAGAAAGAAGGUCCAGAGGUAACAUCAUCAGAAAAGGAGGCUCCAGAGGGAACUGCAAUUCCAGAGGUUACAAGUCCGGAGAAAGAGACACCUGAGGGAACUGCUAUUCCAGAGGCCACAAGUCCGGAGAAGGAGGCUCCAGAGGGAACUGCAAUUCCAGAGGCCACAACUCCGGAGAAGGAGGCUCCAGAGGGAACUGCAAUUCCAGAGGCCACAAGUCCGGAGAAGGAGGCUCCAGAGGGAACUGCAAUUCCAGAGGUUACAAGUCCGGAGAAAGAGGGUUCAGAGGGAACCGCAAUCCCAGAGGUUACAAGUUCGGAGAAAGAAGCUCCAGAGGGAACUGCUAUUCCAGAGGCCACAAGUCCGGAGAAAGAAGCUCCAGAGGGAACCGCAAUUCCAGAGGCUACAAGUCCAGAAAAAGAAGCUCCAGAGGGAACUGCUAUUCCAGAGAAAGAGGUAACAGAGGGAACUGCAAUUCCAGAAAAAGAAGUUCCAGAAACAACGGCAACUCCUGACAAAGGAAUUUCGGAAGGAACGGCAAUUCCAGAGAAAGAAGUUCCAGAAGGUACAGCAAUUCCUGAAAAGGAACCGGCGCAAACGGAAAUGACAGAAGUUUCAGAAACUGCCAAACCGGGAGAGGAACCUUCCAUUAAAGAAGGACCCACGUCUCCUAGUGCUGAAGAAACGUUUACUUCAACCGAAGGACAAGCAGUAUCGACAGAAGAAUCAUCAGCAGAACCCUCCUCGCCAUCCGGGGACGAAUCGACAAGUUCGGGAGCAGAAAAGGAAACAGUGCCAACUGUGGGAGUCGAAGGCUCCACGCCAGAAACAACCGCAACCGAAAAAGAGGUUCCUACCGAAGUUACGAUUGACGAAUCCAGUGUAACUAAGGAACAAACUCCCGAAGUUGACAUUACGAAAGGACCCGAAGGAGUUACAGUGGAAAGCAGUAGCGAAUCAGCAAUGACACCAGAAAAAGAAGUGCCGGAAGUUACUGAAAGUGCAGAAAAAACGUCCGACGAAACAGAAAAACCAGGCAAAAUUACCCCCGAAGUUCCCGAAAGUCCGGUGACGGAAAAAUCGGAAACUGAAUUACCAAAGACGGAGAUUCCUGUAACUGCUGACCAUGACAUCACGGAGGAAACACCUAAAGUUGAUACUAAGAUUCCAGAAAUGACCGAAACGGCUCAAUCGGAAAUUCCCGAGGGAACAGCAAUUCCCGAAAAAGAAUCACCAGGAACGGAGAUGACAGACGUUUCGGAAACUGCCAAACCGGAAACUCCCGUGAAAGAAGGACCCACGUCUCCUAGUUCUGAGGAAACUUUCGCACCAACCGAAGGACAAGCAGUGUCGACAGAAGAAUCAUCAGCAGAACCCUCUUCGCCAUCCGGGGACGAAUCGACAAGUUCCGGAGUUGAAAAGGAAACAGUGCCAACUACAGAAGUCAAAGUUUCCGAAGGUUCGACCCCGGAAACAUCAGCUAUUGAAAAGGAAGGAGUUCCUACUGAAGUGACGAUUGAGGAUUCCAGUGUAACUAAGGAACAAGCUCCCGAAGUUGACAUUACUAAAGGACCUGAAGGAGUUACAGUGGAAAGCAGUAGCGAAUCAGCAAUGACACCAGAAAAAGAAGUGCCGGAAGUUACGGAAACCGAAACAGAGAAACAAACACCCGAAAGUACUAGUGCAGAAAUUACCGAAAGUCCAGAAAAAGAAGCUUCACCGGAACCAACGGUUUCCGGUGACGGAUCAUCAAGUUACAGACCGGAAACACCGGUAGUAUCGAGCGAAUCACCGGAAGUUAGUCAAGAACCAACGAAAACUGAGGAAGAAACAACAAAGGGUGAAGAAGCACCUUCUACUGAUGUUUCCCUAGGACCGAAAAUAUCCGAAGUCACCGAACAAACGUCCACGGAACCGAAAACGGACAUUCCCGCCAGUGGAACACCCGAAAAGACUGAGGAAAUUCCAAGUGGCACCGAAUCGACAAUUACAGAGCAGAAGGAAACUCAACCCGCUACUGAAGAAACAAUUUCUUCGGAGAUAACUGGAUCUUCAUCUCCAGACGAAUCAACCGAACAAACUGGACCAUCAUUCAGCGAACCUCAGGGACAAGUAACAGUCAAAAUACCCCAGGACGCAUCCACCGAAACAACCGAAGAAGGAACAGAAGGCGAUCUGGAUCAACACACUGAAAGUCACGUACCACAACAACCGGACCUACCAUCCCACCCCGACGAAAAUGAAUCCCAAUUAACCGUGAGUCCCGAUCAGGAAACCGUUGGUCCCGGCUUCUUUGGCACAUCGAGUACAAUCGCCUCGUCAUCAGAAAGUGGACAAUAUCCCGAUCAAACAAUGACAGACGACUACAAUCCAAACUUCCCAAUUGACGGUGGCACUCACAUGAUUCCCGACGACUAUGAGACUGAGGACGAUAAGGAGGUGUAUGGACCGGGAACUUGCCGAUACGGUGGCAAGGUUUACAUGUCUGCUCAACAAAUACCAAGAGACGAUCCUUGCGAUUUCUGCUUUUGCUUUAGAAGCGAUAUCAUUUGCUUACAACAGAGUUGUCCGCCACCAAUUCCUGGCUGUCAUGAGGAGCCUAUUUCUGGUUUCUGUUGUCCCAGGUACGAGUGUCCUGUCUCAAUGGCAAUGACGCUGAAUUUAACGACAACAACAACGACGACAACGACAACGCUACCGCCACAUUUCCUCUCGCAUCCUUAUAAGGGUGCGACCAGGAGGAGUGGAUGUCAAAUACGCGGUCAAGCAUAUCGCGUUGGUGAAACCAUCAAGUCAUCCUCUGGACCGUGCCUUCAAUGCACUUGCGGAGGUGAUGGUAAAAUGAAAUGUGAUCCCAAGGUUUGCACACCCGAACCAAUGCUGAGGCAAAUGAUCGCCGCCGCAACAGCUCGAAAACGAAGAUGAGCCAUCAAUUGUUAAUAAUUGUGAACUCGCUAAUUAAUUCAACGUGACGAAAAACGAAAGUGUGUUGUAUAAAAGUGAAAGCAAAAACAGAAAAAAAAACUUUUUAAUCUAGACUACUUUAAUUUCGCGAAACAUAAAGACAUUAAAAAAAAAAAAAAUGUGUGUGAUCAGCGAAAAUGAACAAAGUGGCCAAAACAUUUAUAUAUUAUUAUAUGUUAUAUAUACACACAUAUAUAUAUAAAUGAAAAAUGAAUGAGAGUAAGGCGCGUUCCAAGUGCCAAAAUGGAAGAAUAAAAAAACGUGUCUCAAAGGACAGUAAUAAUAAUUUUUUUUUUCGUGCUGUUUUUUAAGAAAACAAUCGAUCUCGACGAAAUAAUUUUUUUUUUUAUUUUCGAAAAUAGCGAGGAUGAAAAAACAGCGAAAACACGAGACUUAUGACUGUGCCUUUGUUGUUGCCAAAAUAGAAUUUAAUCUGACAGCAGCAAUUCCUGCCAUAUCAAGUGUCAAGAAAAGCAAAAAAAAAAAAUCGUCCUCGGCAAAAUUUUUAUCACAAAAUUUUCCCGAAAAUAACGUAGUUAGGUAAAGAAAAAAAAUGUAUCGAAAUGUAACGCACUGCACCAUAAUUUUUAACAAUUUUCGAAACAAAAUUUUCAAUUUGUUAAAAUUUAUGGUUUAGUAAAAAAAAAGAGCUAAUUUUUUUUAGUCUGACACACAACGAGGGCACAAAUCCUCGCUCAACUAACAAUUUAAAAAAAAAAUCGCAACAAAAAAAAAAUCUUUUUUAACUCUUUAUAUUCAAAAUAUAAAAGUUAAUAAUAGGACCUUCAGAGCCAUUUCGCAAAAAAAUUUCUUUAUAAAAUUUACAAAAAAAAACCAAACAACGAAUGUUUUGGUAUUUUCCAAAUUUGUAUAAAUAAGAAAAUGCGAAUGAUAAAAAAAAGCUCUGAUAAACUUUUUACUCGUAUAUUUAUAGGAAUUUUUUUUUUUUAGGAUAAAUAAGACUAUUUACGCGCAAUUAGAAUUUUUCAUUGUGGAAAAUGACACUAGAUAUUUGACCACACGUGCCACCUUUAUAGAUCCAAACUCCGGUGUUAUUUAUAUUAUUAUAUUUAUGUAUCGAUCGGUGUUGACUCGAAAAUAAUAGAGAGAAAAAGAGAGAGAAAGAAAGUGAGAG